GUAAGUAACAACUUCCGUAAAGCCGGUGUGGGGAACCGAAGAUAGACCAAGAUGGCAGAUGGUCAGCAGCAAACAAGCAGCUCGUAUCCUCUUCCUCCCAUGCAGUUUAUUAACCACUACACAGAUGAAAAUGUGGCCAGAGGCAGAAUUCCCAAACCACCACCCCCAAUACAGGAUAGCUAUGCUAUGUUUGGGAACACAUUCCAUGCAGAUGAUGUCAUCAUUCGCCCCCUGGAGAGUCAGGGAUUGCGCAGACUGUAUCCACAGAAUUACGACCACAAAAAAGAACUGAAAAAACUCAACCAUUCUCUACUGGCCAACUUUUUAGAUUUGCUGGACAUUCUUAUAAAGAGUCCCGAUUCCCCGAAACGAGCAGAAAAAAUUGAUGAUUUGAAUCUCCUGUUUAUUCACAUACAUCACUUAAUCAAUGAAUUCCGUCCACACCAAGCAAGAGAGACAUUGCGUGUCAUGUUAGAGGUGCAGAAGAGACAGAGAUUAGAGACUGCAGACAGAUUUCAGAAACAUUUGGAAAAAGUGUAUGAAAUGCUCCAAACCUGUGUGAGUUCUUUGCCUAGUGACACCAGCUUGGACAAUAAGCUUCUGGUGAAAACGGAGGAAGAGACCGUCACGACAGAGACACAACAAGAUGACAAACAGUCUGAGGGAGAUUAUCUAGAUCUACGAGAUGUAAUGAUGUGUGACAUUGUUGAUUCUAUUACAUGAAUUUUGACUGAUACAGCAGUGAAACAGUUUAUGGUCGAAUAUAAAGAUAAAUGCCAACCCAGAGAAAGCCUGUAGCAUGAAGUCAUACUGUAAAUGGUUUUGAAUGUCGAUCAUUUGUAUGGUAAAAUUUUCUGUUUCGAAGUAUU